AUGUUUUGUCUGUUAGUGUUCAUGUGUUUCGGUGACAAAUUAGAGGAGAAACAGAUUCAAAAGGUCGAACAAGUUCAGCGUCGCAUGUUGGUGAAUAUAAGUAGAUUCAAUAUACUUAAUUUCUGGCCAAGUUUGAGCAAGAUAGUGCUUCGUAAACGAUGGGCAGAGUUCUUGCAGCUUCACAAGGACCGAGAAGAUGUAAUCCUUCCAUUGAUAAGAGAAAGAAAGAAGUUGAAGGAACAGAGGUUGAGAAAAUUAAAUAUGGAUGAGAAUAAGGAUGAGUAUGUCUUGUCUUGUGUUGAUACGCUGCUGGAUCUGCAACUUCCUGAUGAGAAACGAAAGCUUAAUGACCUCGAAAUUGUUAGUUUAUGCAACGAGUUCCUUAAUGGCGGCACGGAUACUACCACAACAGCCUUGCAGUGGAUCAUGGCAAAUUUGGUUAAGUAUCCACAAAUUCAAGAGAAGCUGCUCCUGGAAAUCAAAGAGAUUGUUGGAGAAGGAGAGGAAGUGGUUAAAGAAGACGAUUUACAAAAGAUGCCUUAUCUAAAAGCAAUAAUUUUAGAAGGGUUAAGGAGGCACCCUCCUGCACGUAUGGUGUUGCCACAUGCUGUGACUGAAGAUACAAUGCUGGGUGGAUUCUUGGUUCCUAAAAAUGGGACUGUAAAUUUCAUGGUAGCUGAUAUAGGUUGGGACUCGAAGGCGUGGGAGGAUCCCAUGGCAUUCAAGCCUGAAAGGUUUCUGAAUAGUGAAAGGGAAGCAUUUGAUAUAACAGGAAGUAGAGAGAUUAAGAUGAUGCCUUUUGGGGCUGGAAGGAGAAUCUGCCCUGGUUAUGGUUUAGCAAUGCUUCAUUUGGAAUAUUUUGUGGCCAAUUUGAUCUUGAAUUUUGAGUGGAAGGCUGUGGAUGGAGAUGAUAUUGAUUUUUCUGAGAAGCAAGAACUUACCAUUGUAAUGAAGAAUCCACUGCGCGCCCACUUAUCGCGCAGAGUUGCAAGUUGAAGAGCAGAAGUUAGGGUGUGUGUGCUAUCUGUACAUGUUUGUGUAUUGUCACUACAUGUGGCUUGUUUUGACAAGGCGGCUGUAUUACUUACGAAAUAAUAAUAA